AUGCCACACAGUGUUGAUAAAGUGGAGUACGGCGGCAAGUAUGUACUGCGCUCUCUGUCCAUCCCUUUAAGGAGGGUUGCACGAGGCCGGCCGCGGACUGACGGUACGCAGUCCGCAGCGCAGGCCGCAGUCCGCGACGGCCGAUUAGUGUCGCGCACUGGUGGAAUGUCGGUCCAAAAUUUCACGUGUUCUGGAAGUCCGAACGAACAUCCGCUCGGAUGCCGCGCAUUU